AGAAAAGGGAUAGAACUAAUAAGAACUAUAAUAAAACGGUUAAAAACAUUAUAUAGCAUUAUAAAUAGAUAUAAUAACGGCACGGGGCUAAUAUAUAUAUCUAAGUCCGCUUUAAAAAUAGGUUCUAUAAAUACUCGUCUUUUAAUAAGUAUAAUUUCCCUAAAUCUCGUAAUAAAUUAG